UAUUCAUUAGUUUGUGGAUCUGAAUGCUCUUGAUCUCAUUUAGGUAACCUUUUUUGAAAAUCGCGGGCAUUUGAGCCACUGUUUAGUUUACAUCGGUCAGUUUUUGGGAUAAAUGGUUGGAGUUGAAACCAAAUGGCUUUUUAUUUAUAGCCAAGUGCUGCGCCCAGUUCAAAAUUUUGUGUGAUGAAUUAGGGAAUUUUAUUUGAUUUGCCAAUGCUAAAUUCCAGAAAGCGAUGCCACAGUUCAAGCUGUUUUUCCAUAUUUAGCACAGAAAAAACGUAUAGGAACCGUGGUCUGUUGCAGAAAUCACGCUUGUGUAAGACAAAAAAGGUGAGGGAGAGCUCCACAUUCUCAUGUGAAAGUCACAUGCAUCAGAGACAUCUUGGACAAAGCCAAGGCUUUUGCAAGUAAAUACAUAGCAGUGAGAAAGAGCACACUUUUCCCUAUUCCCUUCACUCCUAAAAAGCUCUUUAGGAGGGAAGGGGACAAUGGAGGAAGGGAUUAAGAAAGAGCAACACCAUUGUACUGAAGCUCCAAAAAUUCUCAGAUUUGCACAUAGCUGGUGCCUUCUACUCUCCCUUUUUGCCAUUUCAGCCGGUGCUCGAGCUUUCGAUUAUGCAGAUGCUCUCAGAAAGAGUCUGCUCUACUUCGAAUCUCAACGCUCCGGCCGGCUACCGUACAACCAAAGGGUCACUUGGCGUGAUCAUUCUGGACUCACUGAUGGCCUGGAACAAGGAGUGGACUUGGUGGGUGGAUAUUACGAUGCCGGUGACCACGUAAAGUUUGGGCUGCCAAUGGCAUUCACCGUGACAAUGCUCUCGUGGGGAGUCAUAGAAUUCCGUAAACAAAUUGCAGUUGCCGGAGAAUUGGAGCAUGCCAUGGAAGCCAUUAAGUGGGGCACAGAUUACUUCAUAAAAGCCCACACUAGUCCAAAUGUAUUAUGGGCAGAGGUGGGCGAUGGCGACACCGACCACUAUUGCUGGCAGCGGCCGGAGGACAUGACGACCUCGCGGCAAGCCUACAAGAUCGACGAGAACAAUCCUGGGUCGGAUCUAGCCGGAGAGACGGCCGCAGCCAUGGCAGCUGCAUCAAUAGUGUUCAAGAGAACAAAUCCACAUUACUCACACCUACUCCUUCACCAUGCCCAUCAGUUGUUUGUGUUUGGAGACAAGUAUAGAGGAAAGUACGAUGUGAGCGUGGGUGUAGUGAAGAACUACUAUGCGUCGGUGAGUGGGUUCAAGGAUGAGUUGUUGUGGGCAGCUUUGUGGCUGUACAAAGCCACCGACAAUGCAGAGUAUUUGAAAUACGUUGUUGACAAAGCUGAUACCUUUGGCGGUAUUGGAUGGGCCAUUACAGAGUUCAGCUGGGAUGUUAAAUAUGCUGGCCUCCAAGUUAUUGCAUCAAAGUUGCUCAUGGAAGAAAAGCACAAGGAGCAUUCUCACAUACUCGAACAAUACCGAUCAAAGGCCGAAUACUACAUCUGCGCUUGCCUUGGCCUCAACGAGAACAACGGCAGCAAUGUGGAACGCACACCAGGGGGGCUCUUAUACAUCCGCCAAUGGAACAACAUGCAAUACGUUUCAACAGCAGCUUUCCUUCUCAGCGUAUACUCUGACUACCUCCAAAACUCAAACCAAAAUCUCAAAUGCCAUGGAAAAAUGGUAGGCCAUGAAGAAAUCCUCAAUUUUGCAAAGUCACAGAUUGAUUAUAUCUUGGGCUCUAACCCAAUGAGCAUGAGCUAUUUGGUUGGGUAUGGCUCGAAUUACCCCACAAGAGUGCACCACAGGGGUGCCUCAAUUGUGUCCUACAGAGAGCACAAGGGUUUUAUUGGGUGCACCCAAGGGUAUGAUCAUUGGUUCAGCAGGCAGGAGCCUAACUCCAAUGUUCUGGUUGGGGCAUUGGUGGGAGGACCAGAUUCCCAAGAUGACUUUGUCGACCAAAGGCACAAUUAUAUGCAGACCGAGGCCUGCACAUAUAAUACAGCACCAUUGGUUGGAGUUUUGGCUAAGUUGUUGCAUUUGGAGGACCUAAGUUUUGAUCAAAAUCAUAGCUCGCCUUUGGUUGCUUCUUACUAAAUUUCAUGUCGAAUGAAAAUUAGUGUUCGAUUUUAAACCUUCCUUUUCUUUCUUUCUUUAUAUAUACAUAUUUAUCUAUGUAUAUAUGUUUUUG